AUGUCCAUGGCACCCACUUUGCAGCCGCAGGAUGGCCUGGCCGAUUCCUCUCAGCCUCCCACAAUUGCUGCGUUCUCCCCGUCCACCAUCGCCGGUUCGGCUUCAACCUCGCGGCAGCGGUCCAGUGUGAUCGUCCAUCGCAAAUCACCCCUACUGGUAGCCACGCCGCCUGCCAUCACUCGAGCUCUUGCCUACUCACAUCCGUUCCUUCUUCCCCUCAACAAACUCGUCGGCCUUCUCACAUGGACAACCGGAGACCCAUGGCAGAGCUUCUUGCUUGUCGCCACGUUCUGGACCGUCGUCCUCUAUAGUGAUGUGAUCAUUCUUAGGACCGGUCCGAUCCUGGUGGUGGUUGGCUUGAUUCUCGGCAUGUACAGCCGUCGGUACUCGCCGCUAUCAUCGACCACUUCAACGGGGGAAAAGCAUCGGCGGAAGGCUUCUACGGAGAAUGGCCGGCAGCAAAAGAGCCUGGAUGACAUUGUGGAAACGCUGCGCAUCUUCACAACACGAUGUCACAUCCUUCUGGAGCCUUUACUGGAACUGACGGACUUCCUAUCAACACAGCGGACACCGACCUCUGCCACCACACGGCCGGCUUUGAUUGCUCUCUUCAUUCGGAUCCUCUUAGUUACCCCUGUCUGGAUCAUCCUGACUCUGCCCCCUUUCCACAUCAUCACCUCACGACGAGUCGUCAUGUGCGUCGGCACAAUCUUCCUCACUUACCACUCGAGGCCGGCCCGGGUCUCGCGUGUGAUACUAUGGCGAUCACGAUCGGUGCGCCGACUGCUUUCUAUCAUCACCGGGCUGUCAAUUGCCGAUGGCUCUAGUACCAAUGAAAAACCCAAUACGCAAAACAAAGGUCUGAAUAUUUCGAGUCGACGUCGGGGGAACUCGUCGGGUGUACGAUUUACAUUCGUUGUCUACGAGAAUCAGCGCCGGUGGCUUGGUAUCGGCUGGACGUAUUCUUUAUUCCCGUCCGAGCGCGCUCCUUGGACAGAUGAACAUUUGAACCCCGUUCCACCCAAGGAGAGCUUUGAGUUGCCGGAUGUGCAGACGGGGGAUGCAAAGUGGCGGUGGGUUGAAGGGAGCGAGUGGCGGGUGGAAGGCGUCGAUAAUUCCGGAAAGGGGAAGUCCGUCCAUAAGAGUUCCAGCGAGGGAUGGAUAUACUAUGAUAAUAAGUGGAACGACGGCCGACGAGGCCAGGACGGAUGGGAUCGGUACACCCGGCGACGCAAGUGGUAUCGCGACGCUGAACUGGUCGACCACCAGGAUAAACCCUCAGAGGCCAUCUCUCACUUGACACAGGCCCUCCAGAAAAACCGAGACCGGGUGCAAGGGCAGGAUAAACAAGAAGACGAGGCUGACGCGAAAAGUCUUUCCCACGACUCUCCCCUGAAAGCACGACGUCGGCGAUGGUUCAACAGCAAGGAUGACACGAAAGAAGGGAAUUCAGAGCAACCCAGCCGUGGCUCGUCCGUUGACAUUGGCCGCACAAGUGGCGCAAAGUUCACAGAUACCCCCGGUUCGAGCAACUCCCGACCCACGCGGCCCAUUAGCAUUCAGAGCUCUCGCCGGCCAUCACAAUAUAGUGCUCGGGAGGGCAGUCUGAAUACGAGUGAUAGUGCCAGUUUGCGCGACAAAGAUGCCGCACACUCGCACGAUCGGCAUGAUCGAUGGAGCACUCGGGCAGCUGGAGGAACGGAACGUGCCGAACGGGAGAUGGGGUUAAGUGAUGAAGUCCAGAUGGCUUUGAGUUAA